CAGAACGCCGGUCGCAUAUGGAGUUGGCUGACCGAGCCCCGGAGUGAAGAAACUCCAAAGAACCAACACAAACCAACCCAGAAAACGGUAGGUAUGGCCGUUAUACACGAAGUUGGUUUUCUAACGUUACGAUGAACGUCCGAAUCCAACGAACACAAACCGGCUAAAGGAGUGGUGGUGAUCUGGGACCACCGACCAUCGUUACAAGACUCGUGAUUGUCGAACUAACUGUUGUACGGCGAAAAAAUGUCUUCGUUUCAACAUAAUGUACUUAUAACCGGCCCAUGCCUACCGGUUGGGCUCAGUACGAGCCAAACACUGCGACUGAACUGAUGUCCGUUGGUUGAUACGCAGAAAACCGUGCGACUUUCGAGUGGUAGGACUGUGCGUGCGUGCGUGCAAGUGAUCCGCAAACUGUGUCAAAAAUAGUGGGGAAAAGUAAGACGGACAGCCAGUGAGUCGGCAGCAGACGAUGAAAUUGGUAGCAGCCUAGUUUUUUGUCCCUAGAAGUACUUUAGUUCUUAACUUGCCUUUGGAGGUGACGACGCGAUACGGACGCUCUUCUCCAUUAAACCGAUCGUUAGGAGCAACAGCAACAUGGACCUGUACCAGUAUUAUUUCUACGAAAAUGCCGGUAAGAAUCGUGAUGUCGGUGCGACGACCAUAAAACGAUGUCCAUCAAACAAGAACCCGGCCCCUUCUUUUCUUAUUCUUGUAGAUCAACGAACCAAAGACUGGUUUCUGGUGGGGUCACCGAUGCCGAUGGUCGCUAUCAUUAUUUGCUAUCUGGCACUCGUUUACUACAUCGUGCCAAGAUAUAUGCGCAACAGAGAGGCCUAUCAGCUGAAAACCUUCAUGGGAGCCUACAAUCUGUUCCAGGUCCUGUACUGCAUAUUUCUAAUCACACGGUUGGUACAAGCCGGUUGGAGACCGUACUACUUCUACAAAUGUGUCGAGACGGACUACUCGUACGAACCGAAGGCAUUGCUGAUGGUCGAGACCACUUGGUACCUCAUGAUGAUCAAACUGUUCGAACUGCUCGAGACGGUACUGUUCGUACUCCGCAAAAAGCAGAACCAAGUAACGCUGCUGCACGUGUACCAUCACAUCAGCACCUUCGUGAUAGCGUACAUCUACACCAAGUACAUCGGAGGAAGCAUGUUGACCUUCUCGAUUGUCGCUAACUGUAUCGUUCACAUCAUCAUGUACUCGUACUACUUCAUGUCGGCUUACGAUGUGCCCCUAUUCAAGUUCCUGGUCGCUAAGUACAAGAAGUACAUUACUACAAUUCAACUGAUCCAGUUCUGUCUCAUCAUGGCCAACAAUCUGUUUGGCCUCAAUCCAAGCUGCAACAUCUCGCACCCCUUCCUGGCGAUGUACAUCCCGAAUAUUCUCAUUCUGACGUAUCUGUUUGGCGAUUUCUAUAAAAAAUCUUAUGGCAAAUCGAAAUCAACUAAGAAAGCUCAAUGAGUGCUGGGCCGAAUGGAAGAUGGACCCGUUUUGCAAAUGGAGCCUUCGGGCCGCCGGUGGGCGGAGUGAAAUAAUAAAUCGAUUUCGACUGCUGCUGGCGAAGGGCGUAUAGGCCAACCUACGCAACCAGCUCUACGGAAAUGACGCAGCGGUGGUGGAAGAAUGGAUAUCGUUUCAAUGCCUUAGAGGGAAAGCUUUAACAAAUGUGAUGGAAUUAGACUAUCUGAGUCGCGAAUAGUGCGGGCACUACUAAUGCCGCUGCUACUGCUGCUGCUACUGCUGCGGGAUGAUACUUUUGGCUAUUGAUUCGUUCUGUAGGUUCUGUACACAGUACGCGAGAGCCAUGGAUGAUUACGAUGACAUUUUGCAUACGCUUUGGGAGCUCCAAGUUCCACUUAAUUUUGUCCGUACCGAGAGUGAUCAGCUCAGGGGAGUAAAACAAAGAAGAGCUAAUCAUAUUCUAACACAAUCUGUAAGUUAAAAAUCAAAAUUGCGAAUCAAUGAAUCAAUUACUAGGUAGCGGACUAUGAUAACAAUUUCAACUACAACGAUUUUAAACCAAUAAAACCUGAAGAUACCUUCAAAUGUGGC